CUUUGUUUAUAGUUGCAAAUGAUCUCUUAUUGAAAUAUCUGACUGUGCCACAGCACAAUGUGCAGUAAAUUUCAGUCAUGAAUUUACUGGAAAGAAGAAAAUCAAGUGCAACUUCCACAAUUGGAAAAGUAGCAGCUCACAUCCCUGAUCUGAUUGUGUAUGGUGAUUUCUCCCAGGAUGUGCCCUUCAUUGAGAAUUUUGAUGGAGUACUGCUGUUUGCAGACAUAUCAGGUUUCACUGCCCUGACAGAGAAAUUUAGCAUGGAUACCAGCAUGGAACAUGGUGCUGACCAGCUAACACAGACUCUCAAUCAUUAUGUAGGUGACAUUGUGGAGGAAGUGCUGAUACAUGGAGGGGAUAUCUUGAACUUUGCAGGGGAUGCAUUGCUGGCACUGUGGAGGGUGGAACGAACCCAUCUGAGUCAUAUCAUCACGUUGGCACUGCAGUGUAGUCUGAGUAUCCAGGAGGCGUAUGGGGUUCGUGAGACAGAAGUGGGCCAGGAGCUCCGAGUGAAGAUAGGACUUUCUGCAGGCCAUAUCUCCAAAGUUGUUGUUGGAGACAACAAGCACCAGUAUUUUCUGGUAAUUGGCCGGGCAGUGGAUGAAGUUCGUUUGGCUCAAAGCCUAGCGAAUGCGAGUGAAGUUAUUCUAUCGCCAAAUUGCUGGGAGCUCUGUGACCGGAACAUGAUUGAAAUUGAAAGAAUUAAAGAUCAAAGAGCUGUUAAGGUUAGAUACUUAAAGAACACUUUUCCAGUGGAUUCGCUUGCCUUUAAGGAAUAUACACAGUACCUACAGCACUAUCCUGAUGCUAGGAAUUUAGGAAUCCUUAGAAGAGUCUCUAUGGUGGAGGGUAACAAUGAACUGGAAAAAUGCCUACGGAAAUACGUGAUGAGGAACAUUCUGAAGAAGAUUGAUGAUAAUCAGCCACUGGAAUACUUAUCUGAGCUUCGACCGGUCACGAUUGUCUUUGUAAACCUUCAAUUUGAUGAAAGUGCCAACACACUGCAUCUAAGCAAGGCCAUCCAGGAUGCCAAUUUACAUAUUGCAGAGCUCAUACACUCCCAUAGAGGCAAAAUCAAUAAAGUCUUCAUGUUUGACAAAGGUUGCACAUUCCUGUGUGUGUUUGGACUUCCUGGAGACAAGCAGCCAGAUGAGACCACCCAUGCCUUGGACAGCGCAUUUAAAAAUUACAAGUACUGUUCUGCAAUGCUUAUGAAAAUAAAGCUAGUUUCCAUCGGGGUUACCAGUGGGCCUGUGUUCUGUGGUGUGGUUGGCCAUCGUGUCAGACAUGAAUACACAGUCAUUGGCCAGAAGGUGAAUCUUGCUGCCCGGAUGAUGAUGCAUUAUCCAGGGGUAGUAUCUUGUGAUGCAACUACCUAUACCAGCUCCCGGCUGCCCAAUUACUUCUUCAAGGAGCUCCCUCAGACCGAGAUGAAAGGAGUUGCAAAUCCUGGUGUGGUCUACCAUUAUCUUGGCAUCAGUGAGAAGACGACAAUUGGGAAAGCAUUUCUCACCACGGAGCGGUCUGAGUAUUAUCCCUUGUUGGGUCGGGAAAAAGAGAUUAAUCUCUUUCAGACUUCAUUGAAAAAGUUCAUGGGUUCUACAGAAGGCCGUGUUAUAAUGUUUGAGGGCCUUAUGGGCUAUGGAAAGAGCCAGCUGCUUACUGAAAUUGCCCAUUUAGGCACGGAAGCUGGACAUAAAGUUGUUGCUAUGGAACUGACAAAGAUAAAUGUGAAUCAGAACUUCUUUGGCAUCCGGGCACUCAUGGCCAUGUUCUUGGGGAUUGAUGCCUGUAAAUCUUAUGAUGCAAGACAGCGCACCCUCCAAAGCAAACUCCGAGAUGUGGCAGAUGAGACCUGCUAUUGCCUCCUGAAUAACCUCUUUCUUGUUAAGUUUCCUAUCUCGGAGGAGGUUUCUAAAAUGGACAGUGAAGAAAGAAAAAUAAAAAUGGAAAAAUUUCUUAUGGAAAUACUACAGACAGCAGUAAAGAAAGACCUUCUCAUUUUUGUCAUUGAUGAAGCCCAGUUCAUUGACUCUGCCUCCUGGGAAUAUUUGGAAAACCUGCUCUCCAAAGUCCCAAUCUUUAUGAUCAUGGCAUUAUCACCUUUCCACUACAGAGCACGGCAGCCUUGCUCCUCUGCAGUAAACAUCAUAAAGAGCCCCCAAACCACUUAUGUUCAGCUGAGGGAGCUGAAGCCUUCUGUGAUCCUGCAGAAAGCUUGCCAGGACCUUGGAGUAGUUAGUAUCCCUAGGGAACUAGAAACGUUCUUGAUACAAAGGAGCCAUGGAAUCCCAUAUUAUUGUGAAGAGCUGCUACGGAACCUCUAUUUACACAAUGCCCUCAUGUUCCAUGUGCUGGAUGAAGAGGAAGAAAUAGAGGAUGAGUGGGAGAAACUUUUUACCAAUCUAGUCAAAGGCAUGCCCUUCAAAACGUCAUCAUCCACCAGUUUAGAGAGCACAGAGAAAGAGUUAUACAUUUGUACCAUCUGUCAGAAUGUGAAGUUGCAGAAUAUAACACUUCCCCCUUCAUUAAAAGGAAUUGCACUGGCUGAGAUAGACAACAUGAGUCCUUCGGAGCAGAUGAUUGUGAAGUGUGCAGCAGUCAUUGGGCAAAAUUUCACUACAGAGCUGCUGUUCCACAUCCUCCCAGAAUGGACUAAGAAUAAGAUGAUCCAGACCCUGGCAGCCUUGGUUGAGGCCAACAUCUUUAAGUGUUUCCAGCAAGGAAGGGAAUUCCAGAUUGCAGCGGAACAUGAUUUAUCCUUGUUAGAUGUUUACGAUCCUGUAAGGAAAAUGAAUUUAGCAGGGAAAGAAACAGGUUUAGAGCGAAAAGUUGUGCCUGCUGAGAUGUGUUCGCAAGAAAAUAACACAGAGUUAACUGAAGAAAUCCAUGAACCACGAAAUAAGCUCAGUAAUAUCUUUUCUGGAGUGCAGUCAUAUUUAGACACCGCAGCCGUGGUUAUGCGCACCAUCUCUAGACACUCGCCUUCUAGAAUGUUCAGGCCUCUUGAUGAAGAUAUCCACAUGCCUAAUUAUUCCAAGAGACAUGGGUCAGUUGCACAAAGUGCUACAGAAGAUCACCAUACUUCUGCUUUCUCCAGGGGAUUGGGGUCAAUUAUUCCACACAUUGCAGAAGAUAUUGGAAGGUUAUUAAAGAAAGAUGGUACUUUGCUAGAGGAAAACCUCAGAGCUGAAGCUGCACAAAAGGAGUUUCUGGAUAGGAUGGAUGAGAUCAUUCGUCUUUUUGGCCAGGGUAGAGGGAAGAUCACAUACAUGGCAUCAUGUGAAUGUGAACAGAUUGUGGCAUCCGUGUUUAUGCCCCUUGCCCGGCACUGCAUGGCAAUAGGAGAUGAGGCCAAAGCCUUGUAUUACUUGUUGGAAUGUGCAGCUGCAUACUUACACCUUUCAAACAAUUAUAUGGCCUUUAUGAAUCUGAAUAUAGCCGAGAGCCUGAUCAAGUCACUGGAUCCUAGAAGGCAUGUAAUCAGCCUAUUUGAGGAAGCCACUUUCUACAGCCUUAAGGGCGAGGUGUGCUAUAAUAUGGGCCAAAUGAAACUGGCAAAGAAAAUGUUCAAGAAGGCUUUGAGUUUACUUGGCAGGAAGUUCCCACUUACUUCAAUUGGAGUCUUUUUUAAGACCGUGACUGAAAUGUCAAAGCAUGCAUCUCAACAGAAGAACCAGCCUUGUCCGCAUCCUAGCAAUACUGGGGAGAAGAAACUAGCUUGUCUGUAUCAGCAGAACCACUGCCUUUCCUUACUGUGGCAGAUCUUCAGCCAGGACUCUGCUCACACCAGCAGGAAGUUUUCUCAGCUAGCAGCACUCAUGAGUGUGAACUCAGCAGAGGAAUCAGAGGAUGAGCACCAGAUCAUUUCAUCUUACAUAGAAUAUGCACUUUGCUGCCAGACAAUUGGUUGCCAAGACGACUGGAUGAAAUAUGAGUUGAUGGCCAUCCAACGUAGCUCUUACCUAAAGCUGGUUGGAGGAGGGCUAUUAACCAUCAUUAAAUUAGCACAGUCUUUGGCCUAUAUAAAGUACUGUUUAGGUAACCUGCCAUUUUCAAUUGAAUUAGGCUAUCGAGCCCAUGAAAUCUGUUUGCAUCUGAAGAAACCCAACCAGGACUAUAUGAUUCUUAGCGUACUUUUCCAAUCCCUCUUUCUGAGCAUGAGAAGCCAGGAAUGUAAGCAAGUGCUGCAGUGGCUGGAGAAGUUGGCCAUUCGAGAGGAGAAGAUCCUUGCACGGGCUUGUUUUUUUUCAAGCUGUCUAGAUCUCUUGCUUUAUGCUGGGUGGACAUAUAAGCCAUUUAAAGAGUGCCUGGAAUUUGUACAGCAAAAUGAAACAAACUGUAUCCUUAUGUCUCAGAGUGGCAUAAUGCUUGGACUCUACUCAUCCUUGGCCAUUUGGUUUGCCAGACUUCAGCAGUGGGACAACUUCCGGGAGCCUUUUGAAAAGGCCAGACGGUUAAUGAGGAGAACCAGCGCCUCGCUCUUUGCUGCUCAUGGAUGUUGCAGUUUCUUGGAGUGUCACAUCCUUCGGCUACAUAAUCACGCUGAGAUUAAACCUCAAAAGGUCCGAGAGACACGUACCAGGGUGCUAAAGACCUUGGAAGAAGUUUUCUCUCGAUGCUCUACAAGCCCUAUUUAUUAUGCUAGGAUUUACCACCUGAAAGCCUAUGUUUUUCUGAUGUUGGGUCAUGAAGAGCAGAGUCAGUUCUACUUGGAGAAGGGGCUGGAAGUCAGCGACAUGUAUAGUAACAUCUUGGAGAAGUCCUGGCUGGAGAUAAGCGAUGAGUGGUGGUUCACUGCAAGAGAGCCGAUGGAAGACUUAUGGCUGAAGACAGCUCCGGACUUUCCCACAUGGGAAGGAGACCUGUCAGAUGCAGAAAUUAGAAAGAUCCAUAGAACCAAAUACCUCAUGAGGGCACCUGCUUUGGAUGUAGACAAUCCUUUCCCAGAAGAAAAGUAACAUGAAGUGGCCUCUUCGAAUAGCCUGCACUGCCCAGACCAGUAAGCACAUACACUAUUUCUCUACCACUCAUGGAAACGCAUGUUCUCUACAAAGUCCUGAUUUUGCCCAUCUCUUCCUUUGGCAAAUUUAGGCAGUAUGGUCUAGCUGUUGUGUUCUUAGAGCAUUUAUCAGCACUGUUUAAUAAACUCAGCAGGAUCUCAGUCUUUUAUAGUAAUUUAUUUCUUGGACAGACUCUAGGGGCAUAGGCACUAAGUCUAAUUCAUUUUGAAAUAGAAAUUAAAAAUAAUUGUAUAUAUCUUCUAAUUUUAGUUCACUUAGGACCAAUGUUCAGAUUCUCUAAAUAGCUAAUGCAAAUACCCACCCAACACAGAACUUUAGGAUAUCUCCAGAUUAUCCCCAGAUGGUGCUGUUUGUAUAAUUGUAAUUUAAUAAAAUAGAUGUAGUUUCUUAUACAUACUACUUUGG